AUGUCGCACGUCCACGACCAGCAGCAGCAACAUGCUGCAAGCAUUGAUGGCUGCAUCCAUGAGGGAAGCACCAGCGGGGGUGGCACUCUGCAGCAGCCAGCGGCGGGACUUGGUCGACGAUCGUCCCAGCGACGGCUGCACAAGCAGAAGCAGCACGCCAGCGACGAGGCAGCUGCGCCCGAGCAUGCGUCGUAUGCGCUGGGUGGCGGUGCUGGUGGUGCUGGUGGUGCUGGUGCUGGGAUGCACAGUGGGAGCGAGGUGCUGGACGUAGAUCACCAAUCAGAGCAGAAUGAUCUCGGCGGCUUCCCGCCAGCAGCAGCAGCCACCGCGUCAGCCAAGCCACUGCAGAUGCAGCAGUCGGCCGUCCUCACCCGACGGCGCUCCAACAACAAUGCGCUCCACGCAGCAGCAACCAGCACACCAGGAGCACCCGUCGCAGCAGCAGCAGCAGCAGCAGCAGUGGCUGUGGCAGACGACGCGGCAUUCGUCUGCCAAUCACCCGCGGCUCACCCCUCGGCCACCGCGUCGACCGAGCCCGCCGCCGCCCGCGCCGGCCUGUCGUCGGUGCCAGUGGACUUGCCUGUGACUGCGGGCGCCGUGGCAGAGUCGUCCGCUGCGGCUGCGCGGUCGCCAUUCCAGGCCCAGGCCGGCGCACCAAAUAUGGUGGGGGACACCCUGUUAAUCGGGACGAGCAGCGAGCACGCCGAGCGCGGCCGAGUGGCUGGCACAGGGCGUCCCAGCAGUGCACUCACCGAGCACACGCAUCCAGCGGCGGUGGCGGGGACGCACGAGCGGGCGCAGGGCUCGCAGACGGCGACAAGCACUUCAGCAACUGCGCUCAAUGACGCAGCACUGCUGCUUGUUCAUUCAGACGCUGUUCAUGACAGCCAGCUCCCAGAGGUCGUUGGUCAGGGACAAGCACAGGCCGCUCUACCAAAGCAAGGCCCAACCGCUCCUUUGUCGUCCUCUUCGUUAUCAUCAUCAUCAUCAGCCUUGCGUACUGCUGCUGUUGCUGUUGCUGCUGCUCCCAAUGCUGCUGUGUCGGGCUCAGCGAGCAAAUCGCCAAACUUGGAAGCAGCUAAUCCCGGAGCAUCAACUUCAUCACUGUCAACAACAACACCAACAACAACAACAGCAAACUCUUCACCGCCAUCUGCGGCUUCAUCGGCAGCAAUGUUGACGGCAUUAUCGACUGCUAUUGCAACCACUCGGCCUUCGCGAUCCCCGCCGCCGCUUCCGAGCUCCACCACUACCAACAAUACCAACAAUAAUGCAAGACGGGGCCAUGCUCGACAGCCUCCGUCACACACGGCCUCCGUACCAAGCUACGCACCUGGGAGCGGACACGUCACAAGGCCAAUCCGCAGCACUAGUGGCAACAGUCUGCUCUCGCCGGCCACGCAGCCGCAGGUGCCGGCCAUGCCGCUCUACUGGGGUGCCAUGGGCCCGUCGCCGUCGACCAGCCCUAGCUCGAGCGAGCUCCACCAUCGCAACCGCGCCACAAGCUCCAACACGAACUGGCCAUUGUAUGGCGUCGGUGUUGGGCCGCCGAUCGGCCGCACCGUCUCGGAUGUGACUGUGGCCGUUUCCACAGAGCGCCAGCCGAGCCCCUUCGUUGGUGGUGGCGGCGAGAUGCCCUUUGAAGGCGUCAUGUCGGACUGUGGCCCGAAUGCGUCGUCACCGCUAACCCCGCCAAACUCGAGCUCGUCCUCGUUGUCGUCCACGUCGAGCUUGAUCUCACCCCCCACGCACGGCUCUGGCUUGCCCGGUGCCGGUGGUGGCAAUGGCGGAGGGAGCGGCAGCAACAGUGGAUCGUCGUCUCCCAUGAUGCGCUCCCCGCGCGCCUCCAUCACGUCGCACCUCAGCCUCUGCCCGACAAACUCGACGGGAUCCACUGGAUCGCUCUCGUCCAUGUCCUCGCUGGACAACAACUCAUCGGCAUCGUCGUUGGUGCGCGUUCUCGGGCGCUUGUUCACCAUGUGUGCACAGCUCGUCGAUGACCGCGCAAUGCAACGCCCGGCGCCCGUGUGUGCUGCUUUACUCGCCACCGCAGCAACAACACCCGCCAGCACUACGUCACUUCUGGCGCUUCCAAACGCCACGCGCGCUGCGUGGAUGAACAAGGGCAGCGCACCCAUCACUCCAAACUCGACGCUUCCGUCACCAUCGUCCUUGGACGUGUCUGUCGGAAAUGGUGCGUCCCCAAACUGCGACCCGACCUCGGCUGCGUCAUUUUUUGCAGCAACACCAACCAAUGUUGCAGAUGGAGCCAGGAGCGCCGAGCGUCCGUCCUCGUUCGAGUUGUGCGCUGUGUGCGACCCAGUCCAGAAUCCGACCAACUCCCAUCCGUCCGCCGUCUGCCUGAGGUACAACAUCUUUUCAGGGCUCUCUCCUGACAACACCACGGUGCUCGCCGUUCGUCUUGCCAACUUGAUUGCAUCGUCGCUGCUUGUUCGCCUCGCGCCAAACUCGCUCGUUGAUGCUGCAACGCUCGAUGGUAUUUCAACUGUUAUUUGCGACCAACAGGCACAACGCGCCAAGCGGUUGAGCAUGAACUCGCUCGGCGGUAGCAUUGCGUCGCUGGAGAAUCAAAGCGGCAUCACGACCGCUGUGGACUCUACGGGCGGUGCGUUGCGAUCACCGCGGCUCUCCGCAGACCAGGCCUUUGGGCCAAACCCACUCUUGCCUCCGCCCCAAAGUUCCGUGUCAGAGCCCGACGUUAUUGCAAAACCCGCAACACCGUCGUUCGACGCCGCCAAUGAUGACAGCGAUGACGAUGAUGGCAUUCAAAUCGACGACGAGUCAGACGAUGAUUCUUACGGCGAUGGUGUUAUUGUUGAUGAUGAUGAGGACGACGCGUAGAGAGCUGCGCCUUUCCAAAUUUUUCUUCUGUUAAUCCUUUUUGUUGCUUUCCCCCCGAUUUCAGGUUGUAUUUUGAGUUCACGUUGUUAUGAUUCAAUGUUUAGAUGUGAUAUAGCUUCACCGA